AGAGGCGGCAUGUAACGAAAUGAAUCCGCUUCCAACGAAUCGAGGUGACAUGUAAGUACCUGGCGCACAACAGAUCAGUUGCGUUCUCAGAGUGGCGGCAUGAGGUCUACAGUUCUGGUACUUCUUUGGCUCGGAGCCAUUAGAGCGGCGGUUGGAAAUCAAACCCAUCUGGUGGAGUCCUCUUUGGAGAAUCGCAUUCUAUCGCGGCGUGUGCGCGCUUUGAUCUUUCCGGACAAGGCUGCUGUUCUCCUGACCGCCGCCCUCACCAAACUCAUUUUGGGCGGACGACCAAGUGGACUUCAGUACAGCCUUGAGUUUGAUAUGUAUGUUCCGGUUCCCGACUCCAUUGAGGGUUGGCAGCCCAAGAUUCUGAAGAGGAUGAAGCCGAAGCCAAUGCCAAUGCCAAAGCGCCGCUAUGAUUGGUCUUAUAGCAAAGGACCUGGAAGCUACUAUUCAAACUAUGCGGGGCCAUACAGAAAUGGUCAGUACAAAAGCCCCGCUAUUAAUAACGUACCUUUCUACCAAACUAAAUCGAGCCCUGCUUUUACUAAGGAUUCAUUUUAUCAAACUCCUUGGCAUUUAUCCACGCCCACCUACCGCAAUCAAACUCCUUGGCAUUUAUCCUCGCCCACCAAUCGCAAUCAAACUCCUUGGCAUUUAUCCUCGCCCACCAAUCGCAGGCAAGAGGUCUACAAAUCGAGACCCACAUUGAACAGAGCCUCAUUCUAUCAAACCCCGUGGAGCUUGUCUGCAAAUCAGAAGAACUCAAAUCAACCGAAGGAAGAGGUUUACGAAUCCUGGGAUCAAGUGCCUAGUUGGAAGUUGCAUCGGGGAUACAGAGAGCGCAGGGAGAUUUUCGAUCAGUUUGAGGCCAUGGGAAAAGUUUUUCAGUUGGACCUGAGGUCCUGUAUCAAGAGAGCCAUGUGUGAGCUAAGGGCCAAAUUAAAUGCUGGUCAAGAUCAGGGUUUUCUCAUGGAGGACCUAAUGCGCAUUGUGCUGACAGUUCCCGAAGAGGUGACCGAUGACAAGUACAGGCAUCGCAUGGAUAUCCAGGACUGUGCCCGAUUCUACGCCCCCAGUUGCCCGUACAAUGUUCUGGACUUCCUUACCCAAAGUAGUGCAAAAUUGUAAACGUAGU